AUGCCUGGUUUCGCGCAGGCUACCGACCUCUCCGCAUGGCAAGCGCUGGUUGACCACCACAAUGCGGUGGGCCGCAACAUCGUCCUCAAGGAACAGUUUGAAAAAGAUCCUCAACGCUUCGAGAAGUUUAAGCGAGUCUUCAAGAACUCCGCAGACAAUACUGAGUUGCUCUUUGACUUCUCCAAGAACUUCUUGACCGAAGAGACUCUGGACCUUCUUGUAAAGCUUGCAAAGGAGGCCAAACUUGAAGAAUUGCGAGACGAGAUGUUUGCUGGCGAGAAAAUCAACUUCACCGAGAAGCGAGCUGUUUACCAUGUCGCCCUCCGAAACGUUUCCAACCAGCCUAUGGCAGUGGACGGAAAAAGCGUCGUCGAGGAGACAAAUUCAGUCUUGGACCAUAUGAAGGAGUUUUCAGAGCAGAUCCGCAGCGGCUCAUGGACUGGGUAUACCGGGAAGAAGCUCACUACCAUCAUCAAUAUCGGUAUUGGUGGCUCUGAUCUUGGCCCCGUCAUGGUCUCAGAGGCCCUGAAACCCUACGGAGACAGGAACAUGAAACUCCACUUCGUUUCCAAUAUCGAUGGCACCCACAUUGCUGAGGCUCUCAAGGACUCGGACCCUGAGACCACGCUUUUCCUCAUCGCCUCCAAGACCUUUACGACGGCGGAGACCACUACCAACGCCAACACAGCCAAGAAAUGGUUCUUGCAAAGUGCAAAGGAGUCGGACAUCGCUAAGCAUUUCGUGGCACUGUCCACCAACGCCGAAGAGGUCAGCAAAUUCGGCAUUGAUACCAAGAACAUGUUCGGUUUCGAGAGCUGGGUUGGCGGCAGAUACUCCGUUUGGUCUGCUAUUGGUUUGUCCGUCUGCAUCUACAUUGGCUACGACAACUUCCACCAAUUCCUUGCCGGCGCACACGCCAUGGACCAGCAUUUCAAGACUGCGCCUCUGCACGAGAACAUUCCUGUGAUUGCAGGCCUCCUGAGUGUGUGGUACUCCGACUUCUUCGGCUCUCAGACUCAUCUGGUCGCGCCGUUUGACCAGUACAUGCACCGUUUCCCGGCCUAUUUGCAACAAUUGACCAUGGAGUCCAAUGGCAAGGCUGUCACCCGGAGUGGCGACUACGUCAAGUACACAACCGGCUCCAUCUUUUUCGGCGAACCAGCCACGAAUGCGCAGCACUCCUUCUUCCAGCUUUUGCACCAGGGCACCAAACUCAUUCCCACCGAUUUCAUCAUUGCUGCCCGGUCCCACAACCCAGUGGAAGGAGGCCUCCACCAGCGAAUGUUGGCCUCGAACUUCCUGGCCCAGGCUGAGGCUUUGAUGAUUGGGAAGACACCCGACCAGGUCAAGGCCGAAGGUGCUCCCGAUGAGUUGGUCUCGCACAAGACCUUCCUUGGCAACCGUCCAACUACCAAUAUCCUCGCUGAGAUGAUCACUCCUGGUACUCUCGGUGCCUUGAUUGCUUACUACGAGCACAUGGUUUUCACCGAGGGCGCGAUCUGGAACAUUAACAGCUUUGACCAGUGGGGUGUCGAGUUGGGCAAAGUCCUGGCAAAGAAGAUCCAGAAGGAACUUGAGACUGAGGGCGCUGGAGCUGACCACGACUCGUCGACGGCUGGCUUGCUUGCUGCUUUCAAGGCUAAGAACGGGCUGAAAUGA